AAUUUGUUACAUUAUUAAACCGCGGAGGAAUAAAGUCAGAAGAAUCUGACUGAACAAAGCAUUUAAAACGAUAACAACAAAUAUUACGGAGGUUACUAAAAGUAUCUCACCAAAUAUCAUCAAGGAUGGUACAGGAUUUAUAACCGAUGGAAAAAUAUCUGUCUGUACACAGCGAAAGAUAGCCCCAACAUUCCGAAUCUGAAGAUGAACAAGGGUCGUGCGAUGAUAUUUGAAAAUUCAGCACGUUAUUCAUAUCGUUUUUAGCAGUCCAACCAAGAAAUAUCCGCCAUCGCCACGUGCAUUAACUCCCCCUGAAAUUCAAACUUUUGGAAUUCACAAAAUUUUAUUAUUAAAAAGUUUCAAAAUCCGAGGAAAAAAGGAAGUAUUUAAAAACAAAUUGGAAAAAUCAGUAUAUAAAAUGGAAACCUUGCGCCAGGAGGCACAAACAACAGUCACGAGCCUCGUGCUCUGUUUUUUCCUCUCCUUCGCUUCUUCCCGCUUGCCAAGGAAACCAGAUCCUAAUUGGCUAAAAAAAAGGAAGCUUUUCUUCAUAAAUCACAAAAAAAUCUAAAAACCCAGUGCGAAAUUUCAUCAAGAUUCGCAUCGGAGAUUGCUUCCAUGGAGUGGGUUCGAGGAGAAACAAUCGGAUACGGGACCUUCGCCACCGUCAGUUUAGCGACACCGGCGAAGAAAUGUUCUGGAGAAUUCCCGCCGUUGAUGGCCGUGAAAUCCGCUGACUCUUACGGAGCCGCCUCGCUCGCGAACGAGAAAUCGGUGCUGGAUCAGCUCGGUCACUGCCCUGAGAUCGUACGGUUCUUCGGCGAUGAUCGGACGGUGGAGAACGGAGAGGAGAUGUGCAACCUGUUCUUGGAGUACGCCUCGAGAGGAAGCUUGGCCACCCACGUGAAGAAAUCCGGCGGGGACGGUCUACCGGAAUCCGCUGUGCGCCGUCACACCCUAUCAGUCCUCCGGGGACUGUGUCACAUCCACGCGAAUGGCUUCGCUCACUGCGACAUCAAGCUCGGGAACAUUCUGAUGUUCGGUGACGGCGCCGUUAAGAUCGCUGAUUUCGGGCUGGCGAAGAGAACCGGAGUUACUAACGGAGAAGAGACGGUGUCAGAAGGGUCGCAGAUCAGAGGAACGCCGUUGUAUAUGGCACCGGAGUCGGUGAACGACAACGAGUACGGAUCAGAAGCGGACGUGUGGGCGUUCGGAUGCGCCGUAGUUGAGAUGUUCAGCGGGAAAACGGCCUGGAGUUUCAAAGAAGGAUCGAACUUCAUGUCGUUGCUGAUGCGCAUCGGUGUUGGAGACGAACUUCCGAGGAUUCCCGAGGAGUUGUCGGAAGAAGGAAGAGAUUUCUUGUCCAAGUGCUUCGUUAAAGAUCCCAAAAAGAGAUGGACGGCUGAGAUGCUUUUGAGCCACCCGUUCAUAGCCGUCGAUCUCGAGCAUGAAGAUGAUGAUGAUGGUCGAGAAGAAAUCUUUGUGGAACUGCAGAAGGAUGAAGUUUCGGUCUCACCUAGAGGCCCUUUAGAUUUCCCCGACUGGGUUUCGGAAUCGUCGGAUUCGCAGACGCAAUGUCAGCCGUACGAUUCGCUGGAGGAGAUAAUCGGCAGUCUGGCAACUGACUGUUCCCCUGACUGGUCUGUCACGCAAGGUUGGGUCACCGUCCGGUGAUUGUAGUUAGAAAAACAGGGUUGUCACAGUCAGGAGGGGGUUUAGCCAAAUCCAAGAUUCUAAUACAUUGUGACCAUU